UGUAUUUAGUAUGAUGUAUGUAUGAAUGAUAUAUGUGCUAUGCUCUUUGCUUUUACUGCGAUCAUUUUUGUUAAGAAACCGAAUUAAAGCGUCGAAGGGCAGCGCGAGAGAGAUAAUCCAGACUGUUUUCAUCCAUAUAACUCUUUAACAUUUACUCUUUAACUCGUGCUCAUUGAACGACUUUUAAAAUAACAGUACAGCUUUGUUUCACACAUAUAUAUAUAUAUAUAUAUAUAUAUAUAUAUAUAUAUAUAUAAUUGUGAAUGUGUGAAUUACAGAGAGGUUAUGAUGGUUAAAAUGGGAUUCGUGGUUCUAUGUGUGACAGUUCAGCAGAUGCUCACGUGUUCAUGUGGGAGAGAUUGUGAUGAUUCUUUCAUUCAUUCAUUUAUUUCUCUCUUGCUUCAUCUGGCUGGUAAACUGGAUAAUUCUGACAUGCUUUGUUUGAUUUGAUCGACCCUGAUACACUAAAGGCCACUUUACAGGAAAUACAUUAAUCUACAUUUAAAUGUGACACUGAAACAUAAAAACCUAAAACACAACUUAUGGAAAAUACAUAUCAAACGAAACUGAUUUAUUUACCCGUUUGUGACUAAUCCUAAACAGGCUGUUUAUUUACUUUCCACAGGUAGUUUUCUCUCUUGCGUUUGGUGACUGACCAUGUAAUUUUGGAUUCUGCCUGCAGGUAGAGAAGUGCCCUGUUUCAGACUAUAAUAAACCCUGACCGCAGCGAGUUCAGAGAGUUAGAACGGCAGCUGUAUUGCUUUGAAGCCAGACCACAAACGCAGUGCACAGCCAUAUGGCUUCUGUUUCAUAGCGUCCAUGUAUUCUCUGUAUUUCAGGAUUGAACUCCAGCGAUCUGCCCGCCCCGCCUCCAUUAUAAUGCAUCAUUUAUAAACAUGGGAGGCAGCGGAUCCAAAACUAGAGGCGUGUGGCCUUUCACCAGCGCCGGAGCUGCAGGAGAAACACCCGGCGUGGUCAGCGAACAGUGUUUAGCUCGGCUGAAGGGAUCCAAAUGUGGCACACCGUUCAUCUUCACGAGGAGAAGUUCGUUGUAUUUUGAUGAAGAUGGUGAUUUGGCUCAUGAGUUCUAUGAGGAGACCGUGGUGACCAAGAACGGACGAAAGAAAGCCAAGCUGAAGAGAAUUCAGAAGAACCUCAUACCUCAGGGAACGAUCGAGUUGGAUCACCCCCGGAUCCACGUCGACUUUCCCGUGAUCCUCUGUGAAAUAUAAGAACACAUCCAGAACCCUUCUGACGUUCUUCUGCAAGAUGCCCCGUGGCUCUCUUGUUACGACGGGACGCCUCGCUUGACCAAAAAGAUGAAUCACAUUUAUUGAUGUGGGUCAUUCUAGACAGUAGACGUGUGUGGUUCUGUCUCCUGUGACGUACGACGAGGUGUACAUGUGCAAUAAGAGUGUCGGUGUGUGUGUGUGUGUGUGAAGAGCAGGGACUGUACAUACAUCAUGUGUGUUUGUGGAUAUCCACCAAUCACUGUGUCUCUACUUUUGUCAUGUAUAUUAUAUUCUGUCUGAGCAGAUCUGCACUUGUUGUACAGUAAACGAAGAGAUGAAUUACUUGAAGAAAUUAGUUUAGAAGACGAAAUAGUUGCAUCUGUGUUCUGUUUAUUUGUUGUUUGCAGUCUUUAAUAUUCCAAGUAUAAUUUUUAUGAUUAAGAUGAAACAUUGAUGCAUAUCCCGUCCUGCAGUGUCUAUCUCGUAGAUUUAAAUAAAAGACUCAAAUUUU